AAGAGUGGAGCUCGUAGCUCCAAUACGCCUUAUCAAGCCCUAUGAACUGAGCGUGAGUGAUCUUUUAGCCACUAUUUACUUCACAAUAAAGUGUUAACAUUAGUAACAAAAUUAAGGAAGAGCUUGGAUUCCGUACUAAAUUUUGGGAGCAGCAGAGCAUUCACCAUGGCAACCGAGGGAGUUGGAUUAGCACCAGGUGUUCCUGGGGCACCAGGUGCACCAGGCACUGGCGAUGGUACUGGCGAGAUCGUCGGUGGACCAAGAACUCCACAACAGGUUGCUGCUCAGAAACGACUGCAGCAGACCCAGGCACAGGUUGACGAAGUCGUAGACAUCAUGAAGACAAAUGUCGAAAAGGUUCUUGAGCGCGAUCAAAAGCUCUCGGAACUUGACGAUCGAGCUGAUGCACUUCAACAAGGAGCGUCACAGUUUGAACAGCAAGCAGGGAAACUUAAAAGAAAGUUCUGGCUACAAAAUCUUAAGAUGAUGAUCAUCAUGGGAGUCAUUGGUCUCAUAGUUAUGGCGAUUAUAGUCUCAAAGUUUAUGCCAGACCAGCCAGCUGCUCCACCAACGAUGUAUCAGUACCCACCACCUCCACCUCCUCCACCAGCUGGAGCUCAUACUGGACCUCAGUCAGCUCCCGCCGCCUUCGUUCAACCUAUUAACAACUUAAUACUUUAGGUAAAAUAUAAAGUGUCACAACAGUAAUUUUGGUAGUUGCGUUAUGGACGUCUUCGCUCUUUCGACCACUGUCAUCUUCAGUUGUUUAUCAGCAGAUUGAAACUACUAAAACCUUAAAAUUACUCAUCAAAAUAACCCUACUUUUUACAGUAAAUACUUCCAUUACUUCUCCCACUAUUACUACUACUACUACUACUACUACUACUACUACUACUACUACUACUACUACUACUACUACUACUACUACUAC